AAACGAGCUCUAAAACAACAACAGUAUGAUACAAAUGUCGACAUACAAUUAAAUACUCUAAAAGUGAUGAGCACUGCUUCAUCGUAUCAGAGGAAUGAAUUAUCCAAACAAAUGGAAAUUUCAGGUGACAAUGAUAAAAAUCUGAAACGUCAAAAUGAUGACUAUAUUGAGAAAGUUGAGGAUAGCGGUGUGAAGAAGCAGGAAAAAGAAAAAGGGAAUAAUUUGAAUGAUAACGAUCACAGUCAGGUUAAAAAUCUCCUAAACGAGUUGCGUAGUUCAGAAAAAAUGAAAAAUUUAGUGGAAUGUUUUCAAAAAUAUUGUAACGAAUCUGUCGAUGAAUUAACUAAGAACGAAAUUAUGGAUCUUACUCCGUCUUCGGAGUUCGUACUAAGAUAUACGGAUGAAGAUGACUACAUGCAAGUUCUAAAAGAGACCUUUGAGUCUGUUGAUGAGUUAUUUCCAGAAAGCGCAAUUAAGUUCCUUAAUGAGUUUUUUUCAGAGACUUGUACUCACGAACAAUGGGAUGAUAAGUUAGAAAGCUUAUCAGAACUGGAAGAAGAUCAAUUUUUAAAAAAAUUGAAAAGACUAUUAUUCGAAACGUUACCCAUCUUCUUUGAUGCAUUUUCAAUGCUCUAUGAUAAUCCACUCAAAAAUCACAAUAUGUUGGAAGAAGA